UAUAUAGUUACUUGUUAAUUAAUCGUACGUUAUUUAAAAGGUAUAGAAAAGCUAAUGGGUUUUCAUUGUUUUGUUACAUUUUGCAGUAGUUGUCUGUGUGAUUGCUAUCAUAGUUGUAGUAUGGAGGAAACGACGUAAUCAGAAAGGGUAGCAGCUCUGAUGAUCCGACACUCACAAUGGACAAUUUUCUAAAUGAUAUGGAAAGAGAGAAGCCCGUCAGGUUUACUUCUCUACAACUUCGGAUUGCAACUGAUAACUUCACCAACUUGUUGGGUUCAGGAGGGUUUGGUUCAGUUUAUAAAGGUGAAUCUAGUAAUGGAACACUUGUGGCAGUGAAGGCUCUAAGUGGUACCUCGGACAAGAGAAUUGAUGAGCAAUUCAUGGCGGAAGUUAGUACACUUGGCAGGAUUCAUCAUGUCAACUUGGUUCGUCUCCAUGGUUUCUGCUUUGAGAGACACCUCAGAGCGCUUGUUUAUGAGUAUAUGUCAAAUGGUUCGCUUGACAAGUUUCUUUUCCAUGGAAACAAGAUUUUAAGAUUCGAAAAGCUUCAUGAAAUUGCAGUUGGGACAGCUAGAGGGAUUGCUUACUUGCACGAAGAAUGCCAGCAGCGAAUAGUCCACUACGAUAUAAAACCUGGAAAUAUUCUUUUAGAUGUGAAUUUCUUCCCUAAAGUUGCUGAUUUCGGUUUGGCCAAGCUGUGCAACAGGGACAAUACUCAUAUAUCAAUGACAGGUGGGAGGGGAACUCCUGGUUAUGCUGCACCAGAACUUUGGCUGGGGCUUCCUAUAACCCACAAAUGUGAUGUGUACAUGUACAUCUUUAGAUUAAUGCUGUUAUUCGAGAUUAUAGGUAGAAGAAGAAACCUUGACCUUAAUCUUCCAGAGAGCCAAGACUGGUUUCCAAGGUGGGGAUGGAAGAAGUUUGAAGCUGGUGAACUAGGACAACUAAUGGUAGUAUGUGGUAUAGAGGAAAAAGAUAGAGAGGCAGUAGAGAGCAAUGUUUUAAAACGCGGAGGCGUACCUGAGGCGUUUUCGGGAGAGCCUCACCAAGGCGUAAGCCUUGAGGCAUAA